AUGGAGUUUCUGAAGAAGCUUCGUCAGCUGGACGCGUAUCCGAAGGUCAAUGAGGACUUCUACAGUCGCACCAUGUCGGGUGGCAUCCUCACGCUCCUCUCCUCCGUCGUUAUGGCCGUGCUCUUCAUUACCGAACUCCGCCUUUUCCUCCAGCCGAAGAUCGUCAACGAGCUCUCUGUGGACCUGUCGCGCGGAGAAACCCUCAAAAUCAAUCUGGACGUGACGUUUCCUCGCCUGUCGUGCGCGGUGCUGUCGCUAGACGCCAUGGAUAUCAGUGGCGAGCAGCACCUCGACGUGGUGCACAACAUCUACAAGCGGCGGCUGACGCCCAUCGGGCUGCCAGUGGAGGGGAUCGACUCGAAGCACGAGAUCGGGGCGAAGCAGCACGACGUGCUCAAGAAGCGCGACAAGUUUGGCAACGUGGUGCCUGACGACCAGGACUUCUGUGGCAGCUGCUAUGGCGCUGCUGAGACGGACGACCAGUGCUGCAACAACUGUGAGGAGGUGCGCGAGGCGUACAACAAGCGUGGGUGGGCCUUCAGCAACGCUGACGCCAUCGAACAGUGCAAGAGGGAGGACCUGAUAGACAAGAUCCAGGCGCAAGUGGGCGAGGGCUGCAACAUGUAUGGCGUGCUCGAGGUGAACAAGGUAGCUGGCAAUUUCCACUUCGCCCCGGCAAAGGUGUUCUACACGGCAGGCAUAUCCAUCUUCGACCUCGUCAUGUUCCACGACACUGUCUUCAAUAUAUCCCACACGGUCAACUCCCUCUCGUUUGGCGCCAAGUUCCCGGGAGCCGUCAACCCACUGGACAAGGCACAGUGGGUGCAGGAGGGCGAGUCAGGCAUGUAUCAGUACUUUGUCAAGGUCGUACCCACCAUGUAUACUGACUCCCACAACCACACCAUCGCCUCCAACCAGUUCUCAGUGACGGAGCAUUUCCGGCCAGCGCCAUCGCAUGACCAGCAAUCGCUGCCAGGAGUCUUCUUCUUCUACGACCUCUCCCCCAUCAAGGUGCAAUAUUCCGAACGCUACACCUCCUUCCUCCACUUUCUCACCAACGUCUGUGCCAUCGUAGGAGGCAUCUUCACUGAGGUGAAGGAAGGCACGAAGGAGAAGGUGGAGGGAGCCAAGGCGGGGCUCAAGGAGUCGAUGGAGUAUGCCAAAGCGGACAUGAAGCAGACCUUCGAGAAGCUCAAGCAACCCAUGAACAGGGAGAAGAAUCUGGAGGCUCGUGAUGAGGCGUUCGAGAAGAAGCUGGAAGCAACGAGGGAGAAGCUGGAGAGGAAGGAGAUCGCCCACGAACGACGCCAGGAGGCCACUGAAGAGGCGCUUCACAAGGUGCAUGCAUCCAAGGCGGAGAAGGAGGCGGAGAAGGGAACGGCUCAGCACGGAGUGACGCCAGGUGCUGCCGGUGCAACUGCUGCUGGCGUUGGUGCUGCUGGUGCUGGCGCUUACGGUGCAAGCCACGAGCGUGAGCGUGGAACUGGCCUGGGAACGCACGAGCGUGGUACUGGGACCGGUUACGGGGAGACUGGCACUGGGUAUGGUGCGAGCCAAGAGCGUGGGACUGGAGGUGAAGGCGUGAUGGGGAAGGUGAAGCACGCUGUGACUGGAAAGCCUUCUGCUGAGCACCAUGAGCGUGGCCCGGGUUAUGGUGAGAGUGCCACUGGCUAUGGUGGGACUGGCACUGGGUAUGGUGCGAGCCAGGAGCGUGGGACUGGAGGCGAAGGUGUGAUGGGCAAGGUCAAGCACGCUGUGACAGGAAAGCCCUCUGCUGAGCGCCACGCUGAGACUGGCACUGGGUAUGGCGAGACUGGCACUGGGUACGGUGCCACCCACGGUGAGCGUGGGACUGGCACUGGCUAUGGUGCGAGCCAGGAGCGUGGGACGGGAGGUGAAGGCGUUAUGGGAAAGGUGAAGCACGCUGUUACUGGAACAGGAGGUACUGCUGGUGAACGCCAUGCCGGCACUGGCACUGGUUAUGGUGAGACAGGACCUGGUUAUGGUGAGAGGGGGACUGGCUAUGGUGCAACCCAGGAGCAUGGCACAGGAGGGAUCAUGGGCAAAGCCAAGGAAGCUGUAACCGGCGAGCGCCAUGCUGGCACUGGCUCUGGCACUGGCUAUAGUCAGGGUGCCACUCACGAGAGGGGAACUGAGAGUGGUGCAGCAGGGACAGGAGGUGGUGGUGGUGGUUUCCUUGGGACGAUCAAGAGGGCGUUCACAGGAUCAAGUGAGCCCACGGCAGAGCGUCCUGUCGAGACUGGACGCACUGGCACUGCCGGGCAGGAAGAGAUGAGCCGUGUGGCCAGCUUAUCCAUUGGCUCCCGAGUGGCGGGUUUCGCGGGUCUCUGCGUCGCCUCAAAUCAGGACGAGCAGGGCGGUAAGCGUCGGCGACGUGGCGCACGCCGAUUUGCCGGACUGGUGCUGGUUUCGUCAGCCGCCGCUACAGCCACACCCGCUACAGCGACCCCUGCUACAGCUGCUACAGGGGAGAAGAAGACCUGCUGUGGAGGGAAGAAGCCGAAGGUCGAGGAGAAGAAGAAGAGCUGGCCGCAGAUCAUCCUAGAGGGAGCGGUGGCAGGAGGAGCAGCAGGAGUGACGGUAGAGACAGCCUUGUACCCGAUUGACACCAUAAAGACUCGCCUGCAGGUGGCCACCUCGGGAGGCGGUAUCAACUUCAAGGGGCUCUACUCGGGUCUCUCUGGCAACCUCGUUGGCGUGCUGCCGGCGUCAGCCAUAUUCAUAGGCGUGUACGAGCCGGUCAAGGCCUACCUUUUGAACGCCCUUCCUGAGAACAUCAGCGUUGCCGCUCACCUGGCAGCAGGAGCAGCAGGAGGCACAGCAGCUUCUCUCGUUCGAGUGCCCACUGAGGUCGUGAAGCAGCGCAUGCAGACGGGGCAGUUCCCCACUGCAGUCAACGCUGUCAAGACCAUUCUCUCAAAGGAGGGAUUCAGGGGGCUCUAUGCGGGUUAUGGCUCCUUCCUUCUGCGAGACCUGCCAUUUGAUGCCAUCCAGUUUGCCAUCUACGAGCAGCUUAAGAUCCAACUCAAGAAAACGCUGAAACGGGAGCUUAAGGAUCCAGAGAUGGCAGUGGUGGGGGCAAUCUCAGGUGCCAUCACAGGCGCUGUCACCACUCCCCUUGAUGUCAUCAAGACUCGGCUCAUGACCCAGGGGACAUCUGGCCAAUACAAGGGCAUCAUUGACUGCAUUCAGAAGACAGCCGCACAAGAUGGAGCUGGCGCUCUUUUCAAGGGUGUUGGCCCCAGAGUUAUGUGGAUCGGUAUAGGAGGGUCAAUCUUCUUUGGAGUUCUUGAGAAGACGAAGCAGCUUAUGCACAAGGCGUACCACACACCUCCCCCAUCAGAAGCGUAUUUCUAA